AUGCCUCUAGUACAUUACUCUGACUCGGAAUCCGACUCGGAGCUGAGAAUCUCUCCCCCCGUGGCCAAGAAACCUCGACUCAAUCCACCAGGGCCAUCGCUACCCCCGCUACCUCCAGCGUUCCACAACCUUUAUGCCUCGAGCACACGUGUAAGCGUGCAAGAUGACCCUAAUCUCCAUGCAGGCCGAGUACGUGUAAUUCCUCAUGUGGAAGGGAACUGGCCAACACACCUGUACCUUGAAUGGUAUCCGACGAAGGAUGAGCUUUCAGUCCUCAAAGAUAUCAUCGCCCAAUCUGAGAAUUCAUCAGACAAAGCUGCACCUAUCGUACACAGCCUUUUGCAUAGCGAUCUUGGUGCCCAGCUACCAUUGCAUAUCAGCUUAUCUAGGCCGGUGGUUCUUCGCACCGAGCAGCGCGCUGCAUUUACCGAGUCGCUGCAAGAGGCUAUCCAGGAUUCGCAUGUUCAGUCAUUUGACGUCCGACCUAAUAGACUAUAUUGGUCGUCAAACUAUGAGAAGACCCGGUGGUUUCUUGUCUUGGGCGUGCAAAAGCCGAGUCAUGAUGGUCUGAACCGUCUUCUGAAGCUGUCGAAUGACACGCUUGCCCGCUUUGGUCAACCGCCUCUCUAUUCAAAGCCCCAGGUUCAAGGGCAACAGACCAGCGCGUCGCUCCAUAGAGAGAGCAUUGACCGGAACAGUAGUCUGCCUGUUGAGGAUUUUUCGGGCUGCUUUCAUAUUUCACUUGGCUGGAGUCUGAUGGGACCCAGUCCAAAGGAAUGUGAACGGAUUGCCGGUAUAGAUUUACGCGCUUUGGAAGGCCUCCAUGUGAAAUUCGACAGCGUCAAGGCGAAAAUUGGGAACCAUGUUGCUAGUAUACCAUUGGCGAAGACCUUAUGA